AUGGUUUGGAAAGUGAACGCGAAUCAGGCUCGUUCCGCGUUAAAGAAAGAUGAGAUAAGCCAAUUACCUAAUGAUGUGACAUGUCAGAUAAUUUCUCUUCUCUCCACAAAGGAAGCUGUUAAGACUAGUGUUUUAUCCACUAGAUGGAGGCAUAUCUGGCUGUCGCUUCCUUGUUUGGAGUUGAAAUCUCGAGAAUUCUCAGAUCUCGAAAACUUUAUGAGUUUCGGAGACAGAUUCUUCGAUUCCAGUAGGGUUUCAUCCAUACAAAAAGUCAAGUUAACUAUUGAUAAAAAAGACGUCGACGGCGACGAUAGUUAUUGUCUCGCGUCAUGGUUCGAUGCUGCAGCUAAGUGUAAGAUCCAAAAUCUACAUGUUAGUUCUUACUCUUACGCAGACCGUAAGUUUAACAAGAUGCCACAAAGACUUUAUAACUGUGAGACACUGGUAUGCUUAAAACUCUUUCAAGUGGCCUUGUCUGAUGCUGAGAUUGUUUCCUUACCUUGCCUGAAGAAAAUGUACUUAGAAUAUAUUGACUUUCCCAAUGAGGCAACUUUUGAGACGCUUGUCUUAUGCUCCCCCGUGCUGGAAUGUUUAAAGAUUGUCGUAUCUAGUGAUGAUGAAAAAGUCUUUAGGGUGCAGUCUCGGUCGUUGAAGAAGCUCACUUUCGAACGAACUUUUUCUUUAAUAUCUGAUUCCGCAGGAGUUGUUAUUGAUUGUCCUCGACUAGACAUUUUAAACAUCAAUGAUAACGUAUCAAAAGGCUUCAUAAUACACAAUUUGGGGUGCAACGCCGUCUUACAAAUGAACCUCCUCGGUAUGGUCCGUUGGGAAGAAUUUGAUGAUGAGUUAGACAAUGGUAUUUAUGAAGAAGGCGUUUCAUGGAAUAGAAGUAACAUCCAUAGGUUUAUCCAUGGGAUCUCGAUGGUCAGGAGUAUUAAAAUAAGUAGAGGCACCUUCAAGGUAUGCGAUGGCAGGAAUGGUUUUCCUAGGGAGAACGUUGAUCAAGUGAGUUUCUCAUCUGUGCCUGAGUGUUUGCUAUCGUCUCUCGAGUUUGUUGAUUUUAUAGCUACAGUCCAGUAUGAUGUUGAAAUUAAGCUGGUAAAGUACUUGGUCAAGAAUUCAGCUGUCCUCAAGAAACUCACUUUACGUUUGGCUUCUGAUUCAAGAAGAGAUGAAAUGCUGAAGAAACUCCUCAAAACCCCAAGAGCCUCUACCAAAUGUAAAGUCUUCAUACUCUGA